AUGUAUGCUUCUACUUCCUUUAGUUCACAGUAUGAGUUUCUUGUGCAAUCCCACACAAGAAGGUUACUCUUCCAAAGCCCAAUUGAUAAUCAACCACUAAACAACCACAAUUCAACAGAUUCAUAUUUCGGAGUUCGUGAAUUUGAUUCUAAUGUUGUCAUGAUACUUGCAGUGUUAUUGUGUGCUCUUAUUUGCUCACUUGCUUUAAACUCCAUUAUAAGGUGUGCUCUGAGGUUUUCUAAUGUAGCCAUCAACAACAACCAAGCUUCACAACAAUUGGCUAAUAAAGGAAUCAAGAAGAAAGCUCUUAAAAAAUUCCCCACAUUAAACUAUUCAAGCGAGUUGAAAUUACCUGGUUUGGACACAGAGUGUGUCAUAUGUCUCUCAGAGUUUGCCAAGGGAGAAAAGGUACGGAUUUUGCCUAAAUGCAACCAUGGUUUUCAUGUUCGUUGCAUUGACAAAUGGCUAAAGGAACAUUCAUCAUGUCCCAAGUGCAGACAAUGUCUUGUUGAAACAUGUAGAAAGGUUGGUGAGUCGCAGGUGCAACCAAUUGUGCUGCCUGUGCCGGAAAUCAUUAUAAGGAUUCAGCCACUUGACCAUGAAGCUGUUGAACGUAACUAUAGGGAAGAAAGCAGAUAA